AUGUUCUGUCACGCUCCAUCUCAUCUCCGCCACCACAUCAUCACACCAACCAUCACUCUCCUCCGUACUCUGACCACCAUAGCCGCCAAUCCCGAAACCCCACUACUCCUAGAAUCCACCUCCUACACAGUAACUCCUCCAGUAAAACCUUGGCCUCAACGCCUUUACCCAAACCGCCUAAUCUCCAUGAUUACCCAGCAAGAAAAUCUCGACCUCGCCCUCCAAAUCUUCGACUACGCAGGCAAAUAUCAGCCUGGUUUCUCGCAUAAUCACGAUACUUACCACUCCAUCAUCGACAAGCUCGCACGGGCUCGCUCCUUUGAUGCAGUAGAAUCUUUACUCUCUCAGCUGUCACGAAAAUCCUCACACAUCAAAUGUGGCGACGAUGUUUUUAUCUCUGUAAUUCGUAAUUAUGGCCUUGCAGGCAAGCCUAAAUUAGCCCUCAAAACAUUUACGCGAAUCAAUGAAGAAUUUAACUUGCAACCUUCUGUGAAAUUGUUGAAUACUUUAUUGAAUGUUUUUGUACAGAAUAAAAGGUAUGAUUUAGUGGGCUCUACGUUGAAGAAUUGUAGAGCUAAAUAUGGGGUUUUACCUAAUGUGGUUAGUUUUAAUAUUUUGAUAAAGGCCCUUUGUAAGAAGAAUGAUGUAGAAGGUGCUCUUCAGGUGUUUGAUGAAAUGCCCACGAUGGGAAUGAUUCCAAAUUUGGUGACUUAUACUACAAUUUUAGGUGGGUUUGUUUCGCGGGGCGAUUUGGUUAAUGCUGAGAAGGUUUUUAGUGAGAUUUGGGAUAAAAGGUGGCUGCCAGAUGCCACUACGUGUACGAUUUUGAUGCUUGGGUAUUGUAAACAAGGGAGGUUGAGUGAUGCUAUUAAGGUAAUGGAUGAUAUGGAGUAUAAUGGUGUGGAACCGAAUGAGGUUACUUACAGUGUGAUGAUUGAGGCAUAUUGUAAGGAGAAAAAAUCUGGUGAAGCUUGUAACUUGAUUGAUGAUAUGCUUGAUAAGAAGUUUUUGCCGAGUUCAACCCUUUGUUGUAAGGUUAUUGACGUGUUAUGUGAAGAUGGGAAGGUGGAGGAUGCUUGUAAUUUGUGGAAGAGGAUGUUAAAGAAGAAUUGUUUGCCAGAUAAUGCAAUAAUGAGCACGCUUAUACAUUGGCUUUGUAAGGAGGGGAAAGUGGGGGAAGCAAGAAAAUUGUUUGAUGAGUUUGAGCGAGGUACGGCUCCAAGUCUUUUGACAUAUAAUACUCUCAUUGCAGGGAUGUGUGAGAGAGGGGAGUUGAAUGAGGCAGGGAGGUUGUGGGAUGAUAUGGUGGAGAAGCGUCGCAGGCCCAAUGCUUUUACAUAUAAUAUGUUGAUUAAGGGGUUCACGAAUGUUGGGAAUGUGAAGGAGGGAGUUAGGGUUCUUGAAGAGAUGUUGGCUAAUGGGUGCUUGCCUAAUAAGUCAACAUACACCUUAUUGAUUGACGGGUUACAGGAUUUGGGAAUGGAAGGAGACAUGGAUAAGGUUUUGUCUAUGGCCAUGGCAAGCAGAGUAGUGGAUGCUGAUUCUUGGGAUCUCUUCUUGCACAAGAUUGUUGGUAGUCUGGAUUGUGGGACAGGUGCUCUUGAUAGAUUGUUAACAGAAGACGCUACAUAG